AGAUAAAUCACUGAAAAAACCUCAUUCUCUGAGUAAGACUUUAAGCAACAGCAGCUAUAGGUACGAUGAAGUCGGUUGUGGUUGUUUUAUGCUUUUGUGCAGUAAUAUUUAGUGCAGAAUGUGCAAGUGGGCAGAGAGGUGAAAUAUUUCCAGUUCGGAAAAUAAGGCGGAUACCAGUAAAAGAUGUAGAUGAUGGGACUCUUGGGGAUCCACUAUAUUUGACUCCUCUGAUUAAAGCAGGUAAAAUCAAGAAGGCUCAGCAUCUUUCCAAGGUAAAGCCAGACAUAGGUAAUAUCACUAGUUAUUCUGGGCUUCUCACAACUAACAAAACAUGUGGAAACAACUUGUUCUUCUGGUUCUUCCCAGCACAAGAAGACUGGGAGAACUCACCAGUAGUGCUGUGGCUUCAGGGAGGUCCAGGAUCAUCAUCUAUGUUUGGUCUCUUUGAAGAGAAUGGCCCCUUUAACCACUAUUCCACCGGUUUGGAAAUGAGAAAUUACUCUUGGAAUGUCAAAAACAAUCUCUUGUACAUAGAUCAACCUGUAGGCACUGGUUACAGUUUUACAAAGAACGGAUGUUACGUCACAGACCAAACUGCAGUGGGAGAAGACUUGUAUUCAGCACUCGUACAAUUUCUACAACUCUUCCCAAAACUGCAGAAGAACAAAUUUUUCAUCACAGGUGAAUCCUUUGCGGGCCAUUACAUUCCAGCUAUAGGCUACACAAUUCACAAUAAAAAUCCGACAGCUAAACUGAAAAUCAAUCUUGCUGGUAUGAUGAUCGGGGACGGGUGGACUGAUCCUAGAGAGCAAAUAAACUACGGCGACUACUUGUACCAGGCUGGCUUGAUCGAUGAUGCUGAAAGAGAUCAGUUUUACGUCUACCAAAAGGCAUUCGUUCAACAAGUAGACGCAAAAAAGUGGAAAGCUGCAUACAACUCUUGGAAUAAAGUUCUUGGUUUGUUUGACAAAUACUCCAGUGUGGAUGUUUACAACUACCUUCCUCAAACAGCCGAUACAAGCGAUUGGGACUACUACAUCCAAUCCCAAGCAACUCGUAAAGCCAUACACGUCGGUAACCUGGAGUACGACGAACAAUCAGAUGAAGUUUACAACCACCUUGUUAACAACAUGGUCCAGUCCGUUAAGCCGUGGGUAGAAGUUCUCCUAGAGAACGGUUACCCGAUGGUGUUCUACGUGGGCCAAGUAGACGUGAUCUGCGCAUAUCCGAUGGUCAUCAACUUUGUGCGUUCCCUCAACUGGACUGGCCAAGCCGAGUACUUGAACGCUACAAGGACACAAUGGCAUGAGGGGAACGAUCUAGCUGGUUAUGUGAAGGCUGCUAACAACCUGGCCGACGUGUUGGUGAGAGACGCAGGACACAUGGUGCCUUCUGACCAACCCUUCUGGGCGUAUCAGCUGGUCAACAAGUUCGCUUCUGGAGGGAUACCAGCCCUCUUGGGAAAUAGCAAACUUGGCGAUUAGUAAUAUUACUUAUUGGACAUUGUUACAUAAAACUACAGCUAUGUUGAGAGUGAAUUAGAUAUUUUACUGUAAAAAUAAAUUCUUGAAAAAGUAAAGGAUUGGAAAUCCCCAAAAAAUAUUAA